AUGCCAAAAGACAAAAAAGCCGCGUCGAAGAAGGAAGGAAGUAGCAACGAAAAAUCGAAAAAGGAGGAAUACGAGAAGCGCCGCAAUUCACUUACUGACGAUUCGAUCACAUCAACAAGCUCAUCAUCUUCAUCAUCGUCGUCAUCAUCGAACGUAAGCUCAACCGAAAGCGAAUCGGCUGUUGAGAAGAACAAAGGGACAAUGGCGCGAGAGGAGGAUCUUGCCAACAAUUGUAAAAAGGAUGGAAAAAAAUUUGUUAUCGAUCCGUGUGGAAAUGCUCCGAAGCAGCCGAUAACUGUGGUCAACGAUCGCAACUCGGUGCCCGUCACCGAGAGCACCCAUAUUCACGUGAUUCGCGACGAUUAUAAACACCAAAUCAAAAUUGGAAGCAAGUCGAUUCCGCCGGCGUCGAUACCGUCGUCGUCAAACUCGAAUAGCCGAAAGAAGAAGAACCAGAAGGAGCGCAAGUUGACGAAAAAGGAGAAACGCGAGCAGCUCAUUAGUAAUGGGACGAUUGCUGUCGGUACGAAUACUGGUAGUCAAGAGUAUCAAGACGGAUAUCAGAAAAAGAUACUGGCGGACAUUGUGAAGCGCGAAGGCGGCGAGUUGCCGCAGGUGUCGUUGUUUGAUGAAUUCGGCGACGACGAGAAGCCGAUCGGCAAUAUGACGGUGCGAAGCAUUAAUUCGGCGGCGUUCAACGCGUUCGGCGAGAAAACCGACAUUCCAUUCUAUGGGCGAGAGAAAAUCCGAAUAUCGAAAAAUGAAGCGCCUCAAAGACAUUAUCUUGAUGCCAUGGAAAUUGGGAAGAACAAGUUCCUUGAGCGGACCACCAUUGGGAAUUACACGAAUUAUUCGGCGCAGACACGUAUGAGUAUGCGAAUGGGCUUCGGCAUCUCGGCGACCGGCCUACACGACUCGGUGAAGAGUAUCACAUUGAAGAAGACGAAGCAUUUGAUGAACCAAACUUAUUCGGAACAUGCGGAAGCGUCGUAUUCACUGGACAAUUGGCGCAUGCAUUUCGCGGCGACUGUACAGCAUGAGACGAUAACGCCCGAUUUGAUUCGACGCGGACAGACGGCUCAGAUAAUGGCCAAUAUGACUGAGCAUAUUCGAAAGAUUGUGAAUGAGCAGCCUGAUCCGUGGCGUAAGCGAACCAUGCAAUUGGUGCUUCAAGGUGAUGUGAGACAGAUCGUCGAGCGCGUCAAGGAGAUCGACCGUGUGAUUCGCAAAAAGGAAAUGCAGAGGCGAUACCGCGCCCGACGAAACAAUGAGAGACCGCCGAAGAAGAGCGACGACAAGGAGGUGGAGUACGCGAAAAUGCAAAGUCGCGAGCGCUUCAAAGUCAUCGUCAAAAUGAUAUUGUCGUGGAUGACGUCGGAGUACCUCGAGCACGCACCGGAUCACAUUCGCAUCGGCAUCAAGAAGGAGAAGAUUCAUGUGAUGCGCGGAUGCUCGGUGAUUAUGUAUUUGUCGUCGACGCCCGAAGACGAGUUGAUGUGCUUCAGAAAUAACCAUCGAAAGUGCACAAUGCUUAGCUUCAUCCUUGGAUGCAUCGAUACGGAGGUUCGGCGUAAAGUUUUGUUGCAUUCAUUCACCAACAGCUUUACCCCACUCCAUUUCGCUGCUCUUACGGGAAUGCCAUGCCAAUUGGAUGUGCUUCUCAAUUACGGUUGCGGAACUGAGGUCACGUCGGAUUACCAAAUGACGCCGCUCUACUACGCCGCUCGUCGUCCUUCGUGCCUCAUGGCUCAACAACUCAUCUGGCACGGUGCUGAUCUGGCUGCAGUUGAUCGCAAAAUUGACUCGUCGAUGGUUGAUCUUGAGUUUGCCGAGACUAGCGUCAACGGAUACUUUUCUCGCAAAUUUGUUCUUGAACGACAUGAGGCCCUUCAGGAUAUUUAUCUGUCAUAUCUGAACAUGCUGGUUGGAGAGAUUGAUCCGCGCGUCAUUUUCAAAGUAAGAUUAGAUGACGUGAGAUCGCAUCUUCAUAUUUGCCGAAUUGGUGCGACUGUUGUUGAUCGCUUUGUGUCUUCGGAUCGUGAAGUCUACAUUAAAGAGUUUAUGGUCAAAAUCAAUACGGCAAAAAUGAGAGGACCAUUGUAUUUGGCAUUGAUUCCGGCGUCGUACACGAAAAUGGACACGACGAUGCGCUCGACAUUCCCACAUCUUGUCCGCAUUCCGAUGAUCCAACGCGCCGAUAAAUUGGCGUAUGAGCUUGACGCUGCGAACAGCCCGUGGAGAUUCGAAAAGGAUGCGACACGACGUGAUGAAAUGAUUCGAUCGGCUAUUGCGAGCGCUCCGAUUGCCAAAUUGCUCAACAGUCCGCCAGUUCUCAUAUUUGGCGACUACGACAGCGGACGCGAGAUGGCGUUUGAGUCGUUCCUUUCGAAUGAAUACAAUUCUGACUUCUACAUGUACGUCUUGCCGGAAAGCGCGGAACAACGCCCCUGCUAUCGUGAGAAGCAUCCGCACGUCUAUUGCCGAUUGCGACUGAUUCUUGACGCCAAUGAAAUCGAGCACUUCAAUGACAGCUUCUUCAUGGUUCAGCUGUUUGAGAUGCCUGAAGCGAGAAUUCGACCAGAGGAGUUUGAGAACACUGUCGGAUUGACGCCGAAAGAGGAGGUGUUCGCCAGUCCGACGCCAAUCACGAAAACGAAAAAGGAUUGA